UAAAUUGCUGAAAAACUCUUGAGUUUUCCUUUCUUGUUUGACGAAAGCUUUGGAACUGGAGCAUAUUAAAUACCAUUUUCAACAUAAAUCAUAUAGAAAGAAUUAAAAAGAAUGCGACAUCAUUGAAUGGAAAAUAAAAGAAAAUUAAGUUUGAAAAGGCUAAAUACAAACGAGUAUAGAUUUAACUACACCCAAAACUCAGAAAAAAAGAGAAGAAGAUACGAUGGUAAAGAAAAGAGAUAUGAAGUAAAUUAGUUACUUGAAGUUAUAUAGAAGUUAAACUGUAAAACAAAUCGUGACAUGAUUUUUAAUUAUAAAUGACACAAUUUUCCUUUCAAAAUUUAAACGUGUGUAACCGGUAAGAGAAAAUUUAGGGAUUCAAUUUUAUAAAUGUUUCUGAAGAUUCAAAGAUUAUUUUUAACUGAUUUUAUUUUUUUAAACAAAAAAAUAUGUGUCAGAUUUUUAUUGGGCAAGUGGCUUGUGAUUUAGUAUAUAAGACUACUUGCAAUGGGCUAGUUGAAUUUUAGAUUCAACAGUUUAAUGCUUGCAAUGGGCUAGUUGAAUGAAACAAAAUUGUUACGUGGAUUACAUUCAGUUGAAUAAAUUCAACCAGUUGAAUUUUAAAAAAGUGGGGACACAGAGACACGUGGCGACAAGUGAAUGGAGAGAAAGUUGAGCAAGUGAGAUUCACGCAACCAUUCCACAGAAAAAAAAACAUUUAUCUUCUUUAAAUCAGCUCCUAUAUUUUCAUUGGUUGAUCAAAUUCUUUUGAGAUUCUUAUCUCCUCCAAUUAUUAAAACUCAAUUAUUUUAUAGUAAUCGUUUUUUAUAUAUAAAAAAAAUUAUAUGAAAAUUCAUGAUUUUUUAUGAUCUAUAAAAUUAGACUAGUCUCACUUCAUUUGGAUACAUAAAAAAAACGUCAAUUUUCACUAUAAUUUUUGUAUUAGCAUUCAAUUAAAAAAAAGUUGUGUUUAAACUCUUUUUCUUUUGCAAAUGGAUCACAAUAAUAAUCCAUUUAACACUCAAAAUUCGUCAAAUUUUCCUUUCAACUAUCCAAAUCCCAACAACUAUCAUUUUCAAAAUCAACCUUCAAACACACCCCAAAAUAUACCAAAUUAUGGUUUUGCACCAAAUUUCUUUAUGCCAUCAUCUGUUCCAAACUAUCCUCCGUAUUAUGGAUCGGUGAUACCAAAUUUAUCUCAAAGGCCUCCUAUUUCUUCAGCUUCAAUGGGUAAUGAUGUUGUACCAAAUAUUGGAACAACCGAAUUUCCAGAAUUUUCUACACAAAUAGGUCUUGGUGUCACGAGCGCUGUCAAUGAAGGCACUCGAAAGGAAAAUGAAGAAGAUUCAACUCAUGCUUGCCGCAAAAGCCCGAAAUGGACCACUGAUCAAAAUUUGGUGCUAAUUAGUGGUUGGAUUAAGUAUGGAACUGAUAGUGUUGUUGGCAGGAACCAAAAAAGUGAAGCAUAUUGGGGGAAAAUUGAUGAGUACUGUAAUGAGUAUUGCUCAUUUAAUCCUCCACGAGAUGGAGCUUCGUGCAGAAACCAUUACAACUAUAUGAGCAAAAAGUUGAGCAAAUGGGUUGGCGCGUACGAUAAUGCUACGCGUAUGCAACAAAGUGGGUGGUCGGAGAAUGAUGUCCUAGCAAAAGCGCAUGAAAUAUAUUCAGGUGGUAAGAAUGAACAUUUCAAUUUAAUGUCAGAAUGGCAUGCUCUCCGUGAUCAACCACGGUAUGGUAGCCAGGUAGGAGGAAACAGUGGUUCAAGUAGUGGAUCUAAGAGAUCCCACGAAAAUGAUGCAAGUGACUCUAAUUCUGUCGGAUCUAGUGUCCGUCCAAUGGGGAGAGACGCAACAAAAAAAAAAGGUAAAAAGAAAAACGUCGGUGUAACUUUGGAGAUGGUCAACGAAGAGUGGAAUGAAUUCAAACAAUUCAAAGAACAGGAAUUGAAACGAUUGGACAAAAUAGCCAAGAGACAAGAGAAGGCAAACCAAUUGAUGAAAGAAAAGACUCAAGCUAAGAAGAUGAAGAUGUUCAUGAAGCUAAGUGAAAAAGAGCAUCUCGACGACAAGAACAAACAGCUGUUGGAGAAGUUGAGCCACGAUCUAUUUGGAAAUUAAUUGAUGUCAAGUCUUUAUGAUUUAAUAAUCUGUAUUUUUCUACUUUAAUUAUGUGUGUUUGUUUUUUUACUUUAAUAUUGUGUGUUUGUUUUUUUCUACUUAAAUAAUAUGUGUUUGUCUCGUUCUACUUUAAUAAUGGGUACGUCUUUUUCAACUUUAAUAGUUUUGUUUGUAUUCAAUCCGUGACUUUUGGCUUUUGUGAGAGAAUCUAAUCUUAUCUAUUAAUUAUGUCAUUUUAAUAUUGGUUUGAAGUCCAAAAAUUUCAGCCACUCGAUCUUUUAUAAAUGGAGACUCUUUAUUUCAUAAAUGUACCAACAACACAAAUCAUAGCUUACAAAAAUAUCAAUGGAUCCGUCAGAAUUUCCUUUUGAUAUUGAAGCUUACAAAAAACAGUCUGAAAUUGAAGAGAGAUACAUCGUUAAUCGGUUUAGAGAGCGUCGAAAAAAAAUUGUUGAAGAACAAACACCUCGCAGCAAGAGAAAAUACUUCAAAAGAGAUCAUGUUGCUGCAAAUCAAAGGCUUAUUGAUGAUUACUUUGCGAAUCAACCAACAUAUGAUGAUGCAAUAUUUCGUCGGCGAUUCAGGAUGCGAAAACAUGUUUUUCUUCGGAUCGUUGGAGACCUAUCAAGCAAUGACAACUACUUCACCCAGCGAGUUGAUGCAGCCAAUAAAGAAGGUAUAUCUCCAUUGGCAAAAUGUACUACUGCCAUGCGAAUGCUAGCAUAUGGUGUUGUGGCUGAUGCAGUCGACGAAUAUAUCAAAAUAGGAGGUACUACAUCAUUGGAGUGCUUGCGUCGAUUUUGUAAAGGAGUCAUACAACUGUAUGAACACGAGUAUCUUAGAGCUCCAACUCAAGAUGACCUUCAAAGAAUUUUGCACGUCAGUGAGAUGCGGGGAUUUCCAGGGAUGAUCGGGAGCAUUGAUUGCAUGCAUUGGGAAUGAAAAAAUUGUCCAACGGCGUGGGAAGGUAAAUUUACUAGAGGAGAUAAGGGAACCACCAUUGUUAUACUUGAAGCAGUUGCUUCUCAUGAUCUAUGGAUUUGGCAUGCAUUUUUUGGAUGUCCAGGCACAUUAAACGACAUAAAUGUUCUAGAUCGUUCUCCGGUGUUUGAUGAUGUUGAACAAGGAAAUACUCUUAGAGUGAAAUUUUUCCUGAAUCAACGUCCGUAUGACAUGGCAUACUAUCUAGCUGAUGGUAUCUAUCCUUCUUAUCCAACUUUCGUCAAAUCAAUCCGACUUCCUCAAAGUGAGCCAGACAAGUUAUUUGCAAAAUAUCAAGAAGGAUGUCGGAAGGACAUCGAACGUGCAUUUGGAGUUUUACAGGCUCGAUUCAAAAUCAUUCGUGAACCAGCUCGCAUGUGGGAUAUAGCCGAUUUGGCUAUCAUCAUGCGGUCAUGUAUCAUAUUGCAUAAUAUGAUUGUUGAAGAUGAACGAGAUACAUAUGCUCAACAUUGGACCGAUUAUGAUCAAUCUGAGGCAAGUGGUUCUAGUACACCACAACCAUUUUCGACUGAGGUGUUACCCGUUUUUGCAAAUCAUGUGCGUGCUAGAUCUGAAUUACGUGAUUCAAAGGUACAUCACGAAUUGCAAGCAAAUCUAGUCAAACACAUAUGAGCAAAAUUCGGG